AUGGCGCUGAUUGUGGAUGGCCCUUCAUUAGACAACAACAUGGACACAUCAAAUUUUGCUCACGUCCUCUUCCAGAAUGUAGGCAAGAGUUACCUGCCUCAUGCUGCCCUGGAGUGUCAUUAUACUCUCACACAGUUCAUCAAACCACACCCAAAGGACUGGGUUGGAAUCUUCAAGGUCGGUUGGAGCACAGCAAGGGACUAUUACACAUUCUUGUGGUCCCCUCUCCCUGAGAAUUAUGUGGAUGGUACUGCAGUCAACAGAACAGUGGUCUUUCAGGGUUACUAUGUGCCCAAUGAUGACGGCGAGUUCUACCAGUUCUGUUAUGUGACCCACAAAGGGGAGAUUCGUGGUGCCAGCACACCCUUCCUGUUCCGUGCCAAUAGCCCUUCAGAGGAAGAGCUGCUGACUGUGGAGGAUGAGUGCAACUCUGACAUCCUGGUGGUCACCACCAAGGCUGGCUUUCUUGAGCAAAAAGUGGAGGAAGCACAGCGAGUGAAAGAUGAGCUGGUAAAGAAGGUGGCUGUGUUACAGCAGGAAAUGGCCCAGCUGGAAUCAACCAAGGAAAGCCUGGAGAACGCGUGCAAACAAGAGGAGGAGAACUGCGCCCUGUUGAAAAUGCAGAAUCAGGAGCUUCAGAGUUCUUCAAGGGUCUUGCAAGAGGAAAAGGAGGAAGUCAAGAGUAGGUUGGAGGAGGCCACAUCCAAGGUGUUACAGCUGGAGGCAGACCUUAUUGGUGUUACCCAGAGAGGCUUACUUAAGGAAACUGAGCUGGACUUCCUGAAGGACAGAAUGAAAAAACUCACAAUCGAAAAAGAAACUCUUGAGUCUCAAGUGAACAACGAGAAAGAUGAGAAAGAACUUUACAAGAUUCACCUGAAAAACCGUGAGUUGGACAACACUAGGCUGAAUGCAGAGCUGCAAAUGAUGAAGUCAGUGGACGUUAACAAAGAGAACACCAUCGCUCAGUUCAAAGACGAAGUGGGCCGCCUGCAGCUGUGCCUUACGGAGAAGGAGCAGCAGUACAAAGAGAUCUUGGCCAAAGUUUCCCCCUUGGGAGAUUUAAAAGCCCUGAAGGAGCAACUGCGUCAGAAAGAGGAGCAGCUCCAGGCCAACCAGCAGCAGUCGACCAUGCUGGCCGCUGAGCUGAGGGAUGCAUCGAGCACCCGCGACCGCACAAUGUCCGAACUAUACCACAUGAAGGUGGAGGCCGAUAUCCUGCGACAGGCAAAAGCUGAGGCGCAGGCUAACUGUAGCCGUCUGGAGAACCUGGUGGAGCAGAUGAAGGCAGAAGCCAAGCAGGAGGCUGCCAAAGCGGAGGAAGCCUUUACGGACCCUGCUCUUGUGGCAGAGCUGCAGAGAGAGGUGGAGGACCUUAAGCUGCGUCUGCACAUGGCUGCUGAGCACUACAAGGAAAAAUACAAGGAAUGUACUCGACUGCAAAAACAAGUGCUCAAACUGUGUGAGCAGCAAGGGGAGCUUAAGAGAAACUCUGCACAAGACCUGACAACAGUACCUGCUUCAGCGAGUCCAGACACAUCUGUUCCAGGUAGUCUUGGUUCUGCAGAUCCUAUGUUGGAGGCCAUUAUCCAGGAGAAGCUCAAAGAGGGUUCUGACAGACAGUCCAAAUACAGGAAAUACAAGCAGUUGUUGAUGGAGGAAAAGGAACGUAGCGGCAUGCACGAUGAGCUUGCCAAGAUGGUGUUAAAAAUGAAAGAGCAGCAGAAGAUUAGUGAGAAUCUGAAGCUGCAACUGGCGUCAGGGGAAGACCGUUAUAUGAGCCAGGUAGCAGAGAAGGGGCGGGAGCUGAUAGAAGUCAGGGAAAAACAGGAGGAGAUCCAGAAAAGCAACAAAAAGACAGAGCAGGUCACGGGUGGGAAAAGCGCUGCGGAGAAUAGUCAUUUCAGGCUUCCUCCAUUCAAUCCGCAGUACCAGAUGCCAUACACCCAGGAUACUCCCAACGCUCUGUUGGUCUCUCAGAGCCCCACUAAGCUGCAGUUUGGAAACCCAUACACUUCAGUGUCUGACUCUAAAGGUCAGUGCAACGAGGAUGAUGACGAGGUGUCGGACGAGCAGCUGCUUUGCCUCCCCCCGAUGGGCCCGCCCUCCUGGGACAGCAACGUGGUGUGCAUCCAGCCCACCCGCAACCAGGCCCGACCCGACGGCCGUGAGGAGUCUGAUGAGAAGCAGAGCAACACCAACAACAACAAUGUUAAUACCAAUGAGAAGCCUGCCACAACAGAACCCCCCAACCCAUUUGUGAAUGAUGGCCAAACUCCGUAUUGCUUUGAUCCCAGCAUGGACAUGAAGCGUUGCCCGCUGUGUGAGGUCAUCUUCCCGCCCAACUACGAUCAGUCCAAGUUUGAGGAGCACGUGGAGAGCCACUGGAAGAUCUGCCCCAUGUGCAGUGAGCAGUUCCCACUGGACUGUGACCAGAAGGUGUUUGAGAAUCACGUGCUCACCCACUUCGAUGGGAACCCGCUCGAAUUUGACUAG